AUAACAUCUUAUAUUUUCAUACGGAUAUUGGAGUACUAUUUUUAAGAUUUUCCAAAUUAAAACCCUUAUGUAUCUUAAUAGCAAAGCGAUAUUGACAUAGUUUACAGAAUUUGUGGUUGAUAUCUAGAAAAUUUUAGGGGUGUUUUUUUAUUAUAGGAAUCAAAUAAUCAGGACACGACAUGUUGAAGUAUUCAUAAUUAAGAGGCUCUUUAUCUUGAAUGUUCCCACGCUAAAACUCCUCAAAAGCGCUCUCGUUGAACAUUUCUGGUGCGAUGUUGUCUGGUCUCGGACUAGCGGCAUUAACCAAGUUGACAAAUGACAAUGUACCAAGACACGGAGCAUGAUGGAGCAAAAAAGAUUGACGGUGGAAAAAAUAUUGUUGUGGCCAUGGUAAAUCUUAACCAUUUGAUUGUAAUCAAAAGAAUUGGAUAUCUGUGGCCACUAACGACUAACUUGAGAUAUCAGAAUCCCAUGAUGUAUGAGCAAAUGUGACCAUACAUCAUUAUUUAUAGUAUAUAGACAACUUUGAAUACAUUAAGUGAACCAAAACCUUUUAUGUUGCGGACAAGUUUAGGUUGUGGAUUUUUUUGCUAUAUUCUCGCUCGGUUUAAUUUCGUUAGCAAAUAUAUAUUGCAUAGUUAAAGGACACAUUUUAAAGAAAACUAAACUAUAGAAAACCUAAACAAAGAUCAUCACACAAAAUGAUUAUAGUAUACUUCGGGAGAUCAAUCUUGAGAUAUAUAUUUAGAUUUUCCCAAAAUGAAUAUGACCAGUAAAAUAGAGGAUAAUCCUUGAUUAUCUGAAUCCUCUCUAUCUCUUCUUCUCAAAUUCAACAUUUGUCUCUUCUCUACUUUACAAAACGUAAAAAGAAAAAAUAGAAACCCACCAAAAAAAUAUAACAAAACCCAUCUUCAGAUAUUGGAUUGUUUUCCUUGUCUUCCAAACUUCUUGGAACGUCAUAAAGACAAAAAGGGUACUGAUCAGAUAUGGGAACAUAUAAAGCUGAAGACGAUUACGAUUACCUCUUCAAGGUUGUCUUAACGGGAGAUUCCGGUGUCGGGAAAUCAAAUCUGCUAUCCCGAUUCACCAGAAACGAUUUUAGCCACGACUCACGCUCGACCAUCGGUGUUGAGUUUGCCACACGUAGCAUCCAAGUGGACGACAAGAUUGUCAAAGCUCAGAUAUGGGACACUGCCGGCCAAGAAAGGUAUCGAGCCAUCACGAGCGCUUAUUACCGAGGAGCCGUUGGUGCGUUACUAGUCUACGACGUGACACGGCACGUGACAUUCGAGAACGUUGAGAGAUGGCUAAAGGAGCUAAGAGACCACACGGACGCAAACACUGUGAUAAUGCUCGUAGGUAACAAAGCUGAUUUGAAUCACCUUCGAGCCAUCUCUACGGAAGAAGUGAAAGAUUUUGCAGAGAGAGAGAACACUUUCUUCAUGGAGACUUCAGCACUCGAAGCUAUAAAUGUAGAAAACGCUUUCACAGAGGUUCUUACUCAGAUUUACAGAGUCGUUAGCAAGAAGGCUCUUGAUGCUGGAGAUGAUCCUACCACUGCUUUGCCUAAAGGACAGAUGAUUAAUGUAGGAAGCAGAGAUGAUGUUUCAGCCGUCAAGAAAUCGGGUUGCUGCGCGACAUAGCAGAAAUGAGCUUUUCCUAUUUUUUUUUUUCUUUCUCUCUUUUGGUGUCAUGGAAAUUUUACAAGAUUGAAUCACAUGUAAAAAAUAACUGAAAACGGUGCAAUCAUGUAACUUGAAUACAGAACUGUUUUAGCAUAGAACCUGAUUGAGAGAAGAUCCAUGGCCCAAAACUCACAGGCCCAUAUAACUCCACUAUCUUUUUUUUUGUUUACUUAUUUAAUUGAUUCCGAAACAAAAAAAUAGUCUCAAGAAAUUAAAAAAAAAAGGAUAAUGAAGAUAUUUUCUUCCUCGGCCGUAUGCUUAAAAGGCCCACGAGAGCUUCUGAAUACAGACAACGACAGGUCUAAUCCAUUUUGGUAAAGUAUGACUUAGAUAGACCCCAUUAUCUUCACAUCGAUUUGUCACGUGUCUAUAGUAUACUACACCAACGCCGACGUGAAUCACGUCCGUAGGUCCCUAGAAAGCAGACCGACAUGAAGGAGAUAUUCAAUCAAUGUUUCAAAAGGAACUAAACCGUCCGGUACGCCGGUUCAACUGUGAUAUAGAGAAGCAUGUCUGAAAAUCAAUGGGCAAGAACGAAGGAAGUAUAUCGCCGGCCCAAGUAUACUUAAAGGCCCAGGCAACGAAAAUGUUUCGGAUCUAUAUUUUUUUCCCCUUUUUUCUUUCUGAUCGUUAUAACUUUCCACGUAAACUAUGCUACUAAUUUUUCUGUCACAAGUCGUCGAAACCAAAUUAACCCUAUAGGAAAAUGAGUAUUCUUACCAUUUAAAACACUCGUAAUAGUCAAUCAUGAUGAAAACUUAAAAGUACAUAUUAGGUUGUACCGAUACAUAACCGGGUUGUUAUAACCGGUUUAGCUUAUUCUUAUACUUUUAUAUAUACACACAUUGCACAGUCUUUGUCAAUUAAUGAGAAAUACAGUUUAUUUUAGCUCAAUCUUAAUAGUACACUAGAAAAAAAAAAUCGAAUAGUUCAUAUAGCACACGACACGAACACUCAAAUCCAGUGUAACUUAUAUAUAAAGAGAGGCCGACAUGAUAUUGUUUACGUAGUAGGAUACGAGGUAGUCGCUAAGAGCCUAAGAUUCGCUUAAUGAUAGAAUUUAGAACUUAAGAGUAUUAUAAGAU